CUCUUCCUCUCUGUUGGCGGCCAUAAUAAACCCCUGUACGUGAAAUCAGUGGAUGAGAGACGGUUGAGGAACACGGCCGUAAAAAUCUAUUUUUCAGUAUCAAGACGCGUUUCUCAUACAUCUAUAUAUUUUUUUCUCUCGAGAACUGACAUUAUUUACGUGGAUAUAAUAUUAUGGUGUGAAGAUGGCCUGACUGCCGGGGACGGAAUGUUAAUCUCACCAACGCUUCUCCAAUAUAUCCGCGUUGACCAGUAUCUCUACUCCUGGGACUUGAACAUGGAUAUCGCCGAUGGAGCGGAGGAUCUUUCCUUGGAGGAGAUUUUAUCGUUGUACAGCCAGCCGAUCAACGAAGAGCAGGCAUGGGCUGUUUGUUACCAAUGUUGCAGAACUUUGGCUCGGAAACACCGCAGGAGAAAUUCCCAGACUUCUGGCUCAUCUGUUGGGGAUUUGACGAGAAGGAUUGAAGGACCUGGCGAUGUACGGAUUCUGAGAGAUGGAACAGUUCAAUUGCACCACCAAGACAGCGCAGAUAAAUACAGACCUCCCAACACGUCCUUAGAGGUGAUUGAAUCUCUGGGAAUCAUGAUCUACAAGGCGUUGGACUACAGUCUGAAGGAGAGCGAGGAGAGAGAGCUCAGUCCGCCUCUGGAGCAACUCAUCGACAUGAUGACCAACAUGGCAGAGAAGGAGAGGGACAGUGACCCCUGCCCUGAUGAAGGUUACGAGGCCACCGAGGAGGAGGAAGACGAGGAAGACCCAAACACUGUCUGUAAUGUAAAAGGAUUCAGAGACAUCAUCAUGCUGUGUACGUCCCACCUGCCCAGCCCCUCUGAUGCCCCUAACCACUACCAGGCUGUGUGUCGGGCGCUCUACGCCGAGACCAGAGAGCUGCGCAGCUUCCUGGAGAAGAUCAGGAGCGCUAAAGAGAACCUGCGGCGGAUGGAGGGAGACACUCGAGAGGAACCAGUCAGAGAUCUCAACGAGCUACAGAACGCUGACUGGGCUAAGUUCUGGAUGCAGGUGAUGGGUGACCUGCGUAACGGGGUCAAGCUGAAGAAGGUCCAGGAGAGACAGUACAGCCCUCUACCUGUAGAGUUCCAGCUCACACCUUAUGAGAUGCUGAUGGAUGACAUCCGCUUCAAACGAUACAAACUACGGAAUGUCAUGCUGAAUGGAGACAUCCCUCCCAGGUUAAAGAAGAGCGCUCAUGAGGUCAUCCUGGACUUCAUCCGCUCCAGACCACCUCUCAACCCUGUUGCUGCCAGGAAGCUGAAGCCCCACCCUGCGCGGCCGCGAAGUCUCCAUGAGCGCCUCCUCGAGGGCAUCAAACAGGAGAGGAAGCUACGGCCUGUAUCACCUGACAUGACCCGGCGCAAUCACCUGGGAGCAGUCAAAAGCAUCAGCACCCCUCAAGAUCUGAACCGCAGCUCAGACCUGUCCACUCCGGAUGUCCUCAGAAAGCACGCCAGCAGCACCCUGGCCCUGUCCUGUCCACCAGCUCACGGGGUGGGAGGGGCUCUUGGUCAGAGGAAGAGGCUCCUGAAGGCACCCACGCUGGCUGAACUCUACAGCUCCGAGUCUGACGAUGAGCCCAGUCACAGCUCCUCCAGUUUGUCAGCAUCCAUGUUGGAUGCCUCGUCUCCGGGAUCUGUCCUGGGGAAGAACACACCCCCUAGGUUACUGCCCAUCACCAUGACUCCCCAGCCUGACAGUCGCCCCUCCCCUCAGAGGAGACACUCCAUUGAGAAGGAGCCCCCCACCAGCGUACGACCCUUCACAGCCCCCACCAGACAGAGCUCCAAGUCUCUGGUGGAAAACCCCGCCCCCAGCAGUGGUGCUAAGGUGGAGGACUUCUGCUACCCUGUAGAGUGUCUGGCUCUAACAGUAGAAGAGGUGAUGCACAUCAGACAGGUUCUGGUCAAAGCUGAGCUGGAGAAGUUCCAACAGUACAAAGACGUCUACAACGAACUGAGGAAAGGAAAGCUGUGUUUCUCCUGUCAGACUAAAAGGUUCUCCUUUUUCACCUGGUCCUACACCUGCCAGGUCUGCAAAAGGCCUGUGUGCUCGCAGUGCUGUAAAAAGAUGAGACUUCCCUCUAAGCCGUAUGCCAACCUGCCCGUCUCCUCUCUGGGUCCUACUGCCACUCUACCCAGGGAGGAGGCUGGAGGGACAUCAGCCUUGGACACCCCAGAGAAGCCCUCGUCCAGCCACAGUCUGCGCCGGACUGUCUCCAGGUUAUCUGAAUACAACAGCAGUGAGGGGUCUCGUGACGAGCCGGAGCUGGAUCUUCCCAAAGAGCUGACCGACGACUGGUGUACCAUGGAGGUCUGCAUCAACUGUAAGAAGUUCAUCUCUGAGAUAAUCUCCAGCAGUAAGCGCUCUCUAACCCUGGCCACCAAGCGAGCCUGUCUGAAGAGGAAGACCCAGUCCUUCUACUUGUCUUCACCUAACACAGACGAUUACAGACCCUCUGAGAGGACCAUCAACCAGGUUUAGACUGCAGACGCUCUGAGAGGACCAUCAACCAGAUUUCGUUUUGCGGGUUAGACCUCUCGCUCUCUCGUCCGCUCCUUGGGGGACCCUGUUCCCUAGAUAGUGCACUACAUUUGACCAUGGACCCUGGUAGUGCACUACAUCAGAGUUCAUGUCACUGUGUGGAGUAUUUAGCAUGACUGACAGUACUCUGGACCCUGGCUGUCACAGUACUCUGGAGCCUGGCUGUCACAGUACUCUGGAGCCUGGCUGUCACAGUACUCUGGAGCCUGGCUGUCACAGUACUCUGGACCCUGGCUGUCACAGUACUCUGUGGACCCUGGCUGUCACAGUACUCUGUGGACCCUGGCUGUCACAGUACUCUGUGGACCCUGGCUGUCACAGUACUCUGUGGACCCUGGCUGUCACAGUACUCUGUGGACCCUGGCUGUCACAGUACUCUGUGGACCUUGGCUGUCACAGUACUCUGGACCUUGGCUGUCACAGUACUCUGGACCCUGGCUGUCACAGUACUCUGGACCUUGGCUGUCACAGUACUCUGGACCCUGGCUGUCACAGUACUCUGUGGACCCUGGCUGUCACAGUACUCUGUGGACCCAAGUAGAACAGGGAAUAGGGUUCCCUUUGACACGCUAUCAUAGUGUCUCAGCUCUGUGCUGCUCAUCACUGUGUAAUAAUGAUAGAGAUGGCCAUUGUAGAAGACGUGUUAGUAUAUACUACCUACCUGUAAUGGUUCUAGACAGAUGGUCAGUGUGUUAGUAUAUACUACCUACCUGUAAUGGUUCUAGACAGAUGGUCAUUGUGUUAGUAUAUACUACCUACCUGUAAAGGUUCUAGACAGAUGGUCAGUGUGUUAGUAUAUACUACCUACCUGUAAUGGUUCUAGACAGAUGGUCAGUGUGUUAGUAUAUACUACCUACCUGUAAUGGUUCUAGACAGAUGGUCAGUCCAUGAGUUGUGGAAUAGACCGUUUGGAUUUGUUGUUCUACUGAUUACACACUGUCUCCAGAUUGACAACAGAACUAAACAAGGUUGAAUUCAUUCCACCUGCUUGUUUAAUGAUCUGAAUUCCUCUCUCUCUUUACUACCCUGUAAUGUUAUGUAGGUCCCUUUUAAGAAGUGGUGAUGAAGAGGCACCCUAAAUGGUGUAACCCCUAACUCGGCAUGGGUUCUCGUCCCCUAACCCCUAGUCUCAGGAACCAUUGGGUUAGUGUAUUGAUACAGCUGUGGAUGGACGACUAGCUAGCCACUGACAGAACAACUCCCUCACAGUAUAAUAGUACAUCACUGAACUGUCUACCACAGUAUAGAUGAGCUACUAGAGUACUGAACCAUUACUUAUUCUCAUGUUAUGUGAAUAAUAUUUAGAGGCGUUGAAGGAACAAUCAGGCAGAUGCUGAGAUCACCGAGGUGGAGCCAAGAUGAUAUAUAUUUAACAGUAGUGUGGUCGGUCGGUGAGACCUCUAGUCCCCGUCCAGAGAUAAGAUGUUAAUUAACAAACGACUAGUUUCUGUUACUCUCAGGAAGAACAGGCCCUUUGGCUCCGUCCCAGGCACCCUAUUCCCUACAUAGUGCACUACCAUUUGGGACAAAGCCCUUGUCUAACAGGCAAUGCACUAUAGAGCCAUCAGUCAGGUCUUAACAAGCUAAUUUCCAGUUUCCAUAUAAAUGACAUGCCUACGGUAGUGUCUGCCACUCCCCAGCCCCAGAUAAUACAAUUAAACCAAAUGACAUGUCUAAGGUAGUGUCUGCCACUCCCCAGCCCCAGAUAAUACAAUUAAACCAAAUGACAUGCCUAAGGUAGUGUCUGCCACUCCCCAGCCCCAGAUAAUACAAUUAAACCAAAUGACAUGCCUAAGGUAGUGUCUGCCACUCCCCAGCCCCAGAUAAUACAAUUAAACCAAAUGACAUGCCUACGGUAGUGUCUGCCACUCCCCAGCCCCAGAUAAUACAAUUAAACCAAAUGACAUGCCUAAGGUAGUGUCUGCCACUCCCCAGCCCCAGAUAAUACAAUUAAACCAAAUGACAUGUCUAAGGUAGUGUCUGCCACUCCCCAGCCCCAGAUAAUACAAUUAAACCAAAUGACAUGCCUAUGGUAGUCUCUGCCACUCCCCAGCCCCAGCCAAUAUAUAUAUAUUUUUCUCCCAAUAAAUUUGUCCCAGCUGCAGAUCUAAUUGGCCGGGAAACAGGAAGUGUUCAGAGGUUAAAUGAUUGGGUGGGUUUACUAUGAUGUAUUUUUUUUCUGAGCCUGGUGCCAAACUAAAUUCCCCUCCUGUCUGAAUGCCAGGUCAUUCUAUGGACCUGUAGUACUUGAUGAGGAAGGUGAUAUGGGAGAUUCUAGAAACAGAAUCUGUUGUUUUUACAAGUUUUAGCUGACCAAUAGGAUCUCCGAAUGGUGGGAUAUGAUUGUGUACAUCAGUGGAGUCUGCUGAGGGGAGGACGGCCCAUAAUAAUGGAUGGAACGGAGCCAACCACAUGGAAACCAGCCAUUACCACGAGCCCGUCCUCAGGUGGUCUACAUGCUGGAUCCAAAAUGUAUUAUACCUGAUGUUUUUCCAUUAAUAUUAAAGAAGUAUUUUUAUUUGA